GGCGCCAUCUUGGGAGAGAAGGCGGGGGAGUGUGAGAGUGAGAGAGUGAGAGAGAGAGAGAGAUCGGCGUGACGCCAUCAGAACGCGACGUUCCCGGAAGAGACGUGGCAGCGGGACGGAGGGAGGCGGGGGAGACAGCUUUUCUCGGCCCACGCCACCCCUGCGCUGACCACGAUGGGGCUCUGCAAAUGUCCCAAGAGGAAAGUCACAAACCUGUUCUGUUUUGAGCAUCGGGUGAACGUCUGCGAGAACUGCAUUGUCGCUAACCAUGCCAAGUGCAUCGUCCAGUCGUACCUGCAGUGGCUUCAAGACAGCGAUUACAAUCCCAACUGCCGGUUGUGUAAUGUGCUUCUUUCCAAUAAAGAGACGGUUCGGCUUGUGUGUUACGAUCUCUUUCACUGGUCCUGCCUCAAUGAGAUGGCCAACCAGCUGCCCCAGAACACGGCCCCCGCCGGCUACCAAUGUCCCUCUUGCCAGGGUCCCGUCUUCCCUCCCACCAACUUGGUCAGUCCAGUUGCGUCUGCCCUCCGAGAGAAGCUCUCAACUGUCAACUGGGCUCGGGCCGGACUCAGACUUCCCCUGAUUGAUGAAACGGAGGUGACUCAAGAGAUGGAUACUCACAGUGCCUCAGAGUGCAGCGACUGGUCCAGCUUCACAGGCCUAAAUUCAGAAGAAGCCGCUUCACAGACUUCGGCGUCCGUUUUUGCCUACAGUGCGAGUGGCCACUUUGAGUCCCCGCAACAGCAACAGCAAAACCUGAAGAACGGCAACGUUGCAGACCAACACACAAUUGUCAGCAUGGGUGAUGGGGGUAGAGACCUUCUCGCCAUCAAUGCAGCCUCCUCGUCGCGGAAAAUUUACGACACCCGGGAAGCUGGGGUUGGCCAGGACUCAAGCGCCACCAUCGACUUUGACGAGGACAAAUACCGGCGCAGGCCGACGCUCAGCUGGCUCGCCCAGCUGCUCAAGAACCGCUUUGGCACCCGAAAGCAGCCACGCUCCUUAAUGCAGAGGUUUGUCAUCUUUCUCCUGAUCGGCGGGAUCGGCUUCCUGACGCUCGUCGUCGUCAUGAUGAAACUCGGCCGGGCCUCGGCGGACAACGACCCGAGCCUGGAUCCCAAGUUCAACCCUCACAUCCGAGUGGGACAGUAGCGAGUAGGGUUGGCCUCUCCUUUGUCACGUGGCCCCGUACCCCCGCUCUCGGCUCUUGGCAGCUCCUUGGCAAAGCUGCACCCCAGAGGGAGGCCUGGGGUUGCAUCUGCUGGGUGGGUCUCCCGGGAGCUUCCCAGCCUGGACAGACAAGGUUGUUGGGACCCCUUUGAAGUUUGGAUGAAGGCAUGCCAGUUAAAAGAUGGUCCAUCUCUUUCUCUUCUCCCCCCCCCAGUCCGAUGGGAGUUGCAAAUGAUGCGUUUUGUUGCCCCGAUGGGCAGUUUUAUGCAGAAAGGGCUGGCGGGCCAUUAAGGGGCAGGAUUGAACUGGCAAUUUUAAAGAGAACAAUGGCUCCCCUUCUAGUUUUCUUCUCUACUGCUACUCGGUAGGGGUAGGUGGGCAAAAGAGGUCCUGGUCUCUCUUCUCACGCCCCGGGUUCCACUCGUGCUCGGCUGAGGAAAUAUCCUCUGGGUCCUUCCUUGCGGUUCAGUGAUUUCCCCGUUGCUUUGUUUUCCUUCUUCAAAGGUGGUUUGAGACUGCAGUGAUUGACUGGGAGACAGUUGUGCUCACCCAACCCGUAGCAAUUCUUACUAAAGAGCGCGGCCAAGUUUGAGGAUUUCUACAUCACGUAACAGGACCUCCUCUCCUAAAUCCAUGUUGAGGCUUGUGCACAAGCUGCCCUUGGUUGCAGGGACACCAGAGCACCAUUGCCCCCCAAAAAGAGAGCUCUGUGUAAGCUGGAGCAACACCUGUUUGCACCCCACCUCGGUCCUUUUCCUUAACACAGCUAGUUUGCUGUUUGCUCUCUGCUGCUUUCCCUCCAAUUACCUGCUAGAUAUGGAAAGUCAGUUGUCUUUUGAGAGCCCCAAGACGUGUGUCUUUCUAGGCCCUUGGGCUUGGGGGCCAUUCUGUAGGACCCAAAGGCUGCAUCCACAGCCUUUCUCUGCAACCCAGGGGUUGAAAAGGUCCAGGGUUUGAUUGGCAGGUGGUUUGAAGUGCUGUGGAGAUGAGAGGUGGACGGUUCUUCCGUACUUAUGAAUUGCUUUACUUGAUAAGUCAGACAAGACACAUUAAAAAAAGAAGGCCCGUUAUAUUAUGCCCCACUUGUCCUCUUGGUUCCAGAUAACCUUCUGCCUUCCAGGUUCACCUCUGACAACAUCUCUACUCUGUUUAAACUUUAGUUUCUCGGGGGCGGGACCAGGGGGGGCAGCAACCUUGUCUUCUCCAGAACCACCUUUCUCUGGUCUUUGCAGAUUGGGUGGGCCGAUAGCUUUACUCAAAGCGAUGGUCCAGGUCCAUUUUGGAGGGGGGGGGCACCUGGUGGAAAAAAGGCUUCUCUCGUCCCAGAGGUCCAGUCAAGAAAGGGGAGGCAAGACCCCUCUGUCCACCAUCCUUUGCAGGAGAGGUGUGGGCUGGUGGAACGACGGUGAAUGAUCUGCAAGGUUUAUUUCUUGCCUCCGUGGACGGUGGAUGUAGGACGGAGAGAGUGCAAAGCUGUGGCACAUUGAAGCAAUAGAGACAUUUGUCAAUACUCCAUUAAACUCUCUUGGCUGAUCCUAA